GUGACACAAAGCAAUGGCUUUUUGGAAAAGAAUUGCUACAUAUUUUGGGGCAAGUCCACAGGUUGCUGGUUUGCAGAAGAGAGACUCAACUGGCUGUAAAUCGAGGUGGGGGAAGCUUAAUGAGGGCGUGUGCAAGUUUGUAGGGUGCUAUGAUGCAGCAACUAAACAAAAAUCUAGUGGGCAAAGUGAGGAUGAUGUUUUAAAGCUGGCUCAUCAGAUAUUCUUCAAUGAUUACAAGAGCAAGUUCACACUUGAGCAUGCUUGGUUGGAGCAGAGUCAUGAUCAAAAAUGGUGUGGAGGUCUGGCGAGUAAAAAUGGUGUGUCAUCUAAGAGAAGAAAGGUUGAUAACCAAACAGGACAGUCAUCAACGUCAGUUCCAUGUAGCCUUGGAGAAGAGGACGCAAAUGGUGUGGAGGUCCGGCCUGCGGGUGUCAAAGCUGCAAAGAGACUAAGUAAAGCGGCUGUGAGGAAGGCUAACACUGAAGAAGCAGAAGGGAAGGUGUGUGUGGACCUUGAGAACAUGUGGGACAUGAGGCAAAAGGACUUUGCAUUGA